GAAGAUGGCUGGCCAUGGCCGCUCUGUCGUUAGAAUACUGGGGAGCAACAGGCAGUGAUGGGCUGAGUGUGGAAGGGCCGGCUGCUCUCCCAGCUCAUCUCCGUCUCCUGAGCUUGGCCCUGUGUCCCCACCACACUCCUCACUAGGUGGAAGGGGGAGGCUGGUGUUAUGGGGCUUUGAGCCUGAGGUUUCCCCCUCUCCCAGCCCAGGUGUUUCUGCAGAAGGACCUCCCAGGGCGGAGCGUGGUUCCCAGCCUGACUAGGGGUGGAGUAGGGACAGACCCAGGGUGAGGGAGGAGGACGCGUGGGCAUCUGCCACCAGCAUGAGGACCACUAGGGACCUGCAUGGAUGCGCCUGCUGUCACAUGCACCCCAGCACGCACUCUCUUGCUCCACACCUGUCUCACCUCAUGCACCCUCCCUUACACACUUGCUCUCACAGGCACUGGUCCUGGCACUCGUGGGCUUUCUUCCACAAUCCUCCACUUUCUCGUCUUUCCUGCACAUGCACCCACUACCCCAGCACCCUUCCUUAUGCCCUUUUCCAGAGCCAGGCCUGUCCUCUGCUAGUGCACAGCCAGAGUGGCUCAUUCUAAGUGGCUGUCUGGCUAGAUCCAGACACUGCCUGCAUCUUAAAAGCCUCUCCCAGCUCCCCAGUCAGCCGGGGAGUGGGAGGCACAUUUGUGUGCCUCUGCGUGCUCUGGGGGACAUUCUCAGGGGCUGGAGGCCUCCAGGGACUCAGGACUGUCCUCUGUUAGGUAAUCCACAAAUUGGCUUCUCCAGCCAAGGCAGAAGCACUGGAGGAAAGCCACCUCCUCACUGUCUGCUCUGGAUGCCUCCUUAAAGGCCAUGGGCAUCCUUUUCAAGGCAGGUGGCCAGCGCUUGAAGAGAGAGCUACCGAGACUGUGUCCAGGGUGGGGUUUAGAGGGCAGAGCCUGCGGCAUUAAGCUAAGCAAGGAUUAUAAUGGAAUUUCCUGGGCCUUUAGCAGCUGCAGAACAGGACAGAGGACACAGGGCCUGUGAUGCUGACCCCUCCCACGCUGACCUUGUGGCUAACAGGUGUGAUCACCAGCUCAGCAACCACACCAGACACACCCGACACUUAAAACCACCGACCCCUUUGCCAGGCCCCCGCAGGCUGCUCUGCCUCCCUGUCUGGGCUCAGUUUGCAGUGAAGCCCCGUGCAGGUUCUAAGUGUGUAACUCUCUCUGCUCCCCGUCUUUGAAGUUGCAGGCCUUUGCUUGACAUCACAUAAGAGAAGCAUGGUGUUAUCAGUGGGACACUUUGAACUUCUCGAGAGAGAAGCUUAAAGACUAUCUAGGAAUAAAAGUUAUUCUGCUUUUAUUGUUGACAUGAUUUCACUCGUUUAUUCCCAGGUCCUCCUGCCUCUCCACUCUGCUUUCUUCUUGUAGAUGAAAAUUUCUAGAUAUUUUGAAACCCAGAGGGAAAGAUGGGGAUGGGGAAAGGCAGGGCAGAGGAUACAAUGUAACCAUGCUGCCUAGGUUUUAUGAAUAUUUUCCAUUUAGAUUUUAAUUAUGAGAUUUUGUUUUAAUUAUACAAAUAAGAUAUGCUCAUUGCAACAAGAGAAACAAUUUAAGUAUGUAUGAGACAAAGUUAAUAACUUCCCCCCCAUCCUCCAUUUCUGCCUCCUACAGUAACCAGUCUUAAUGGGCCAUUAUAUCUUUUGCCAGUCCUUCCUCUAGGUUUAUUUGGCUUUUGUUAUUUAAUUUUUAAAAAUCCGCUUUGUGACUCGAGGUGCAUAAAUUAUAUGUAAGGCAGCUUGGCUUGUUCAUAAAUUAUCAUGUUAAGCAUUUUAAUUUGAGCACAGUUAACUUUUUCAGUUCUUACAGAUUUACUCAUUUAUUUUUAAACCUCUCAUUUUUAUAGAAAACAGAACUCAGAAGCUAUGAUUUAUACGCGAAGAGUCUACACAUCUUUAAUCUUUGCCAGUUUGUGAAAGCAAAAUACAGUCCCAAUGCCUAUGAAACUGUCAUGCUUUUGUAAAUUACAGAAAUGUAGCAAGCUUGUGGAUGUAAUGUCACUGCUGUAUCAAAAAGACAUACAAUGAUAUAACCAGAAAAAGGAGUUGAGGAAAAAAAAAAAAAUCUGGCCAUAGCCUGCAGUUUUUAUCAUGUGAAACUUCGCCUCAUCAGUGUCAUUUUCUGAGCUAUCAUUGAACAUUCACAUCUCUGCUGCUUCUGUUGCUUUAUAUUUUUAAAACCAUGCACACAUCCGAAAUGUGACUAUUUUCCUGAUUGAGGUAAGUUUUCUGCUUUUUCAGGGGUCAGAGGAUUCUAAACUCUGACUGAUUCCUUUUAUGAGCUGGAGAAGACAAGGCAUCUCAAGCCGGCCACAGGGAGGAGGGUAAAAGGCCUGGCCUGUCUCCCUCUGUGUGGCAGCAGAGAUGUGAUUGGCUGUUCCCAGGGCGCACUCCUGGACCAAAUGUGGAAAGACGUCCUAGGCUUCAGCCAUUGAAGGCACCUUUGAAAAUCAGGUUCUGAGUUCCUGCUUGUUUUGUAUUCCAGGCAUGUGAUGGAGCUGCAUGUUCUUGUCCCUUAUAUUUUUGCCUUUGGAUCUUAUUUCAAAAGAAUCUGCAGUGGUAGGAAUUAGUUGACAGCAAUUUCUUCCCUAUCUUAAUAAAGUUCCCUCUAUCCUUAUUUUUAUCCUUGUCCCAGAGGUACACUCAGUUUCUUUUUAUAUAUUAAAGAAUAAAAGACUUGGAUUUAUCUGGUUUGUUUGAUAUGCAAGAACUGACCUCGCUUCCUGGUCUCAUUCAGCAAUAAUUUUUUUUUUUUCUAAAGAAACCUGUUUAUCACCUUUGUCUUCUGGAGCCAAAUCUAAAAGAGGUUCUCAACAAACAGCAAAAGUACCUUUCUGGGCCCUUGAAGAUCCUCAUCCAUUUCUUUUCAGUGAAUAUCUUUUUGUUCUUAAGACAAUUUCAAAAAAUUACCUGUGGUCUCCAUUGCGUUCUUAGUUUCCUGAUUUCUCUUGUUGACAGAAGCGGGAUGACUUUAACAUGUUUUUAAUUGCUUUUGCUCUUUUCUGGACCUUCUGGAGACAGGCCAGCUUCAUGUCGUCAUCAAGGGGCAAUACUCAGGCGAUGCACGCGCACCCUGUUGUAGCCACAAGCCACUGUGUCACUUGUAUUGUGGGUCAUCAGAGCAAAUGCUUUGCCAUUCAUUUUCCGGAAUGUUCCAUAUUACACAGCUGAUAUGAUCUGCAGUGCAUCUUUUCCUCUUACCUUUCUCUGUCUCUCGAAAAAAAAUUCGCUGGGAUAUACCAAAAAUGUUCAUUAUUCCUUCCCUAUGGUUAUUUGUCUAGUUAGACGUUUGGGAAGAUAACAGUUCUUAGAGUUUCUUCUUUGUACAGAUUCCAGAAUUCAUCCAUGUCCUGCCUGAAAGAGGCUGUUCUAAAGAAUAUCUGCUGGGCAAAUGGUAUACCAGCCUUCAUUGUUUUAAGAGUUUUGCUGGCAUCUUCAGUUCUGGAUAAUAGCAUUCCAAAAGGCUCUGUGACUCUGGACAGAAUCUGUUCUGCACUAGUGUGUCAAGCAUGUUGAGCCAUUGAGAGUUUGAGGGGUGUACCUACAAGGUGAAUUACCUUAGCAUGUUUCUUAAGCAGCCACUGUUAACGGGGCCAUGGUUUUUAUUUCACCAUCUCCCUGUUCUUUGAAACAUAGAUUUGAUCUGGGAAUGAGUCUGGUAGCACUGGGGACAGAAUUUGCAAAGAACUCUGUUUCUUAGGGAUAAUCCGCCAUAUGAAAAUGCUUCUCCCCCCCAGCUCCAGCUUUAUUGAGACACAAUUGACAUGAUAUUGUGUAAGUUUAAGGGGGUACAAUGUGAAGAUUUGGCAAAGCUGCUUCCUUGUCUGCUCUCUGUUGAACUCUCGUAAAUAGGGUUCUAGAAGCAUGAAAGGUAGAUUUCAGUGGCUAGUUGGCAGAUAUCCGAUGCAUGCCAGCCCAUGCGGAUGUAGAAAUGGUGUCUUUUCAUGAGAACCACGUGGAGAUAACACUGAAGGCUUUAUCUUGCAGCACAGCCAGCAUUGUCAGGAAGAAAAAUAGAUUAGUAGGAAUCGAAUCAUGAUAUUCAAAGUGAAAUAUAGUUUAAUAGUUUGGUUUCAGCUUCAUUGUGAAAUGUAUAAUUUUUAGCUUCUAACUUCCAACUGGCUUUUAAAAAAACUUUCAAUCUCUUGUCUUUUGAGUGAUGUGCCUUUUGUUUUCUUCCCAGCAGAAAUAAAUGGCAUCGACUGCUCUUGUCCAUUGCAACUUGGGGACUUUUGAGACUCGGUCACGAGGACAGAGAUAGCUCAUCACUAAUCUUAGACCAACAAACAAGGGUGGCUGUAGGAGGAAGGGAGGAGAGUAAAUGGAGAAAGAACUUGAAUAGUGCCUUCUGGAAGAAAGGGGAAAAUUGGCCCUGUGCUCUAAGAGGGAGGGCAUGAAAAACAGAUGCUCAGAUGGGUCGCCUGCAGGAUAUAGCAGGGGGAGCGACCCGGCGCAUGGCCCUCCACGAUGGCUGACUUGGCAUAGGAAGCAAGCGUGGCUGCCAACCUCAGUCUUGCAAAGCAGCAGCCCCGCCUGGGAGCAGGGUGGUGGCCAGGGCAAUGGUGGAAGCCCUGAAGAUACCUCAUGGCUGCUGAGGGGCCUGCCCCAUCAGGGAGCGGAGUGGCGGGCAUGGUGUGCAGCCUGUGGGUCCUGGUGCUGGUGUCCUCAGUCCUGGCUCUAGAAGAGGUAUUGCUGGACACCACAGGAGAGACUUCGGAGAUUGGCUGGCUCACCUACCCACCAGGGGGGUGGGAUGAAGUGAGUGUUCUGGAUGAUCAGCGCCGCCUGACUCGGACCUUCGAGGCAUGUCACGUGGCCGGCGCCCCUCCAGGCUCCGGGCAGGACAACUGGCUGCAGACACACUUCGUGGAAAGGAGAGGAGCCCAAAGGGCACACAUCCGGCUGCACUUCUCCGUGCGGGCAUGCUCCAGCCUGGGCGUGGCUGGCGGCACCUGCCGGGAGACCUUCACGCUUUACUACCGCCAGGCCGAGGAGCCCGAUGGCCCGGACAGCAUCUCUGCCUGGCAUCUCAAGCGCUGGACCAAGGUGGACACCAUCGCGGCAGAUGAGAGCUUCCCCACCUCCUCGGCGUGGGCGGUGGGCCCCCGAGGGGCCGGACCGCGGGCAGGGCUCCAGCUGAAUGUCAAAGAGCGGAGCUUCGGGCCCUUGACCCAGCGCGGCUUCUACGUGGCCUUCCAGGACACGGGGGCCUGCCUGGCCCUCGUGGCGGUCAAGCUCUUCUCCUACGCCUGCCCCUCAGUGCUCCGCGCCUUUGCCUCCUUUCCGGAGACACAGGCCAGUGGGGCCGGGGGCGCCUCCCUCGUGGCAGCCAUGGGCACCUGUGUGGCUCACGCCGAGCCAGAGGAGGAUGGAGGAGGGGGCCAGGCGGGGGGCAGCCCCCCUAGACUGCACUGCAACGGGGAGGGCAAAUGGAUGGUAGCCGUGGGGGGCUGCCGCUGCCAGCCAGGGUACCAGCCUGUGCGCGGAGACAAAGCGUGCCAAGCCUGCCCUGGGGGGUCCUACAAGGCCUUGGCUGCGAAUGCCCCCUGCUCACCAUGCCCUGCCCGCAGCCACGCCCCUGACCCUGCAGCCCCUGUCUGCCCCUGCCUGAAGGGCUUCUACCGGGCCACUUCCGACCCCCCAGAGGCUGCCUGCACUGGUCCUCCGUCGGCUCCCCGGGAGCUGUGGUUCGAGGUGCAGGGCUCAGCGCUCAUGCUGCACUGGCGCCUGCCUCAGGAGCUGGGGGGCCGAGGGGACCUGCUCUUCAAUGUCGUGUGCAAGGAGUGCGGAGCAGGAGGCAAGGGCCCUUGUCGCCGCUGCAGGGAUGAGGUGCAUUUCGACCCCCGCCAGAGGGGCCUGACCGAGAGCCGCGUGCUAGUCGGGGGGCUCCGGGCACAUGUGCCCUACAUCUUGGAGGUGCAGGCUGUCAAUGGGGUGUCGGAGCUCAGCCCAGACCCUCCACAGGCCACAGCCAUCAACGUGAGCACCAGCCAUGCAGUUCCCUCGGCAGUCCCUGCGGUGCACCAGGUGAGCCGGGCUGCCAACAGCAUCACCGUGUCCUGGCCGCAGCCUGACCAGACCAACGGGAACAUCCUGGACUAUCAGCUCCGCUACUAUGACCAGGCAGAAGAUGAAUCCCGCUCCUUCACCUUGACCAGCGAGACUAACACGGCCACCGUGACCCAGCUGAGCCCCGGCCACAUCUAUGGCUUCCAGGUGCGGGCGCGGACUGCUGCAGGCCACGGCCCCUUCGGGGGUAAGGUCUACUUCCAGACACUGCCUCAAGGUGAGCUGGCCACCCAGCUUCCCGAGAGACUCUCCUUGGUGAUCGGGUCCAUCCUGGGGGCCCUGGCCUUCCUUCUGCUGGCGGCCAUCACCGUGCUGGCUCUCGUCUUUCAGAGGAAGAGGCGUGGAACUGGCUACAUGGAGCAGCUGCAGCAGUACAGCAGCCCAGGGCUCGGGGUGAAGUACUACAUUGACCCCUCCACAUACGAGGACCCCUGCCAGGCCCUCCGAGAAUUCACCCGGGAGAUCGAUCCCACAUAUGUCAAGAUAGAGGAGGUCAUUGGGGCAGGCUCCUUCGGGGAGGUGCGCCGGGGCCGCCUGCAGCCCCGGGGCCGGCGGGAGCAGCCUGUGGCCAUCCAGGCCCUGUGGACCGGAGGUGCUGAGAGUCUCCAGAUGACCUUUCUAGGCCAGGCUGCGGUGCUGGGCCAGUUUCAGCACCCCAACAUUCUGCGGCUGGAGGGCGUGGUCACCAAGAGCCGGCCCCUCAUGGUGCUGACCGAGCUCAUGGAGCUGGGCCCCCUGGACAGCUUCCUCAGGCAGCGGGAGGGCCAGUUCAGCAGCCUGCAACUGGUGGCCAUGCAGCGUGGAGUGGCCGCCGCCAUGCAGUACCUGUCCAGCUUUGCCUUCGUCCACCGCGCGCUCUCUGCCCACAGCGUGCUGGUAAACAGCCACCUGGUGUGCAAAGUGGCGCGUCUUGGCCACACUCCUCAGGGCCCAAGUUGUAUGCUUCGCUGGGCAGCCCCAGAGGUCAUUGCACACGGGAAAUAUACAACGUCCAGUGAUGUUUGGAGCUUUGGGAUCGUGAUGUGGGAAGUGAUGAGUUAUGGAGAACGGCCCUACUGGGACAUGAGUGACCAGGAGGUACUAAAUGCAAUAGAGCAGGAGUUCCGGCUGCCCCCGCCUCCAGGCUGUCCGCCAGGACUCCACCUGCUCAUGCUGGACACUUGGCAGAAGGAGCGUACCCAGCGACCUCACUUUGACCAGCUGGUGGCUGCAUUUGACAAGAUGAUCCGCAAGCCAGACACUCUGCAGGCUGGCGGGAGCCCCGGGGACAGACCUUCCCAGGCCCUUCUGAACCCCGUGGCCCUGGACUUUCCGUCUCUGGACUCCCCCCAGGCCUGGCUCUCGGCCAUCGGCCUGGAGUGCUACCGGGACACCUUCUCCCAGUCCGGCCUCUGCACCUUCACUGAAGUGGCUCAGCUCAGCCUGGAAGACCUGCCUGCCCUGGGCAUCACCCUGGCCGGCCACCAAAAGAAGCUGCUGCACCACAUCCAGCUCCUGAAGCAGCACCUGCGGCCACCGGGCUCUGUGGAGGUCUGACGCCCGGCCAGGCAGCUGUGAAUGGACGAUGCCUGUGACCCGGUCCUGGACUGGGUCCAAGGAGGGACACGGGAGACGUGAGCCAGUCUCCACCUUGACCUCUGUGCGAGGUGCCCGCCACGCUUAAGCAACCUCUGGGACGUCUCAUGCCUGGUCCUCUGCCCCUCCACUGCCCCCCACCCCCCAUUAAAGGGAAAGAAGGGAUUUGUUGGCCAGUCGGACGUGUGGGGAGGCCUCCGUCUACAGCGAACGUGGUGGGAAGGCCUUGGCACAGAGGGGCGGGGCCGGGAAGACCUCUGCAGAGGCGGAUGGACAAGGGGACGGAGCAGGCAAUGACUUUAUUGGAAGGUAGGAGGUGGCUUCACCCCCAGGGGGCACCCAUUCCCUCAUUUACACCCUUUCCACAGCCGCCUCAGCUGGCUGCAGCUGUGACACCGGGGUAGCGGCUGGUGCCUGGGCAGCAAGCCUCUCCUAAAGUGCUUUGCUCAGUGCAGCCGCAUUCGCUAAGGGCCAGCGUGGGUGAGGCGGGGUCCUCCUGGUGAGGCCCUGGCUUUGGGGUGAGAUGUGAGCCCCACUCCUGGGCUUCCAUUUGUUCUCCUCUGCUCCCUUGACCUGGCAGGUGGGAGGUCUGGGGCGUUUUGGUUUUUGGAUGCCGCUGGGCUCCACAGUGACAGGAGGCACUCAGAUCUGGUACUCCCAGCUGUCCCCGUCCUCCAGGGCCCUGUUGACCACUCCCAUCAGCUCUGACUUCAUGGUCCCUUGCCGAAGCCUCUCCCAGUUGGUGCUGCUGCGGGAGGUACUUCGAGACACUGAGGGGAGAUGAAGGGACUGGGGGGGUUUGAAGGGGCCGCCCAGACGUGGUUUCUCCAUGUCCUCGUCAGAGUCCGAGUUGUAGAAGGCCUGGGCAUAGCGCUGGACACGCUGCCGGUUGAUAUCCUGUCUGUCUUCCACCCUGUGGGGACAGAGGACUUGAAGAGGCUGACCUCAGACCAGCCCUGUCUCUGGGCCCCCGCCCCAUCUCCCCUGCUAUUGGCCUUGGUCCUUGUCUGCAGCCCGAGUGGGCACAAGGGGUGCCAGACCUCAGGAAGCAGCUCCCUGGGGUGCAGAGGCCCUGCGGAUGCCUUCGGGGCCCAGGCACUUAGCAGACCCCUCCCCAGGGAGCCCACAGGCCUGUGUGGGACCCUGAAGGGGCAGGAAGCUGAGCAGAGGGAUGCCAGCCCGCUUUGCUGUCACUCACCGCAGGAACCAGCGGUCCCCCAGCCCAAACUUGUACCCGCAGAUCCCGGAGCGAGGCCACAGGCAGCGAGGCAGCUUCCGUUCCAGCAUCACUGUGGUGGCCACGACCUGCAUGUGGGGAGAGAAGGGACAUCAGAGGCUGGGUGCAGACCAGAAGAGGACAGCAGGCAGAGUGACAACAGUUUAGCAACAGCUAGGACACUCAUGGUUUCCUAGAGGUGACGACAUGCCUGAGCUGGGAAUGGUGGGGGUCAGCCCUCUUCUGCGGGAGAGUUAAUGGGCCUUAAGCCCCCAAAGCGCUUCACCCCGUGACCUGACAUCCAGUCCAGUCCGGUCCUGCAAGAGGUUGCGAGACCUUGCUCCAAGGAGAGGAAGUAAUAGGGCAAAGAGAAGAGGGGUCUGUGGGGCUACAGAAGAUCUUGACCCUAUAGAUGUAAAGGCCAUUUAGAAAUGCAAAUAUCCUUUGAGAAAUCUCCCAUCAGUAUAUUUGCAUGGGAAAAAAAAAAAAAAACUUCCAUGAGCAAACCCUGUUUUAAGCCACCUUACGGGGGGUUUAAGAUCCAUUUUCUACAGGCCACAGUUAAGGACCAUCCAGUUUGAGGGAUGUCCACUUCUAUUUUGCUAACGUUAUUUUUGUUGAGGUAAAUUAUUUUCUAAGUAUAUUUUUAAAUGAU